AUCUUUUUGAGUCCAGUUCCCACUUCCUUUGAGCAGUGAUACUAUGAAAGACCCCAACAAACGGAAUAAGAUUCGUUUAGGCUAGAAUAAGCCUGGUAAACAAAUCAUGAGACUCGCUUUAUUUAUACAUGAAGCUGAUAUGAGAAGGUUUCUUGACCCUUCUUUACUGCAAGAGAAGCAAUUGUGGGUCAACUCUGCUGUUGUCCAUGGAAAAUAAUAAAUCAAACACUAUACUUGUCAUUCUGACUUUUGAGACCAUACUCUAUCAGUGACUAUCAAUUUUUCUGUGGCUAUUUAAUUGUAUCCCCUCCCACCUUCCUAUUGCUCUUGUCCUUUACCAUAUGCAGCGACCAUUGAAUACUGCCAUAGGUCCUUCAGAAGAAUACUUGGCAAAAUGCUCGGAACCUUCUCAAAUAUUAGGCAAAAAACAAACAAAACAACUACUUAUUCUCGACUUGAAUGGCACACUUGUCUCCCGCAUCAAGCAAACAAUGUCAUUCUACGUUCGUCCUCAUCAUGAUAAGUUUUUUGACUACAUUUUUUCGAAUUUCAAGGUUAUGGUAUGGUCUUCUGCACAAAAGAGAUCAGUCAAUACAAUGUGUCGAAUGUUUCCCUGCAGGAAAUACCCGUUGUUGCUCAGGUGGGAUCGACAACAUUUUGGUCUGACGAUGAAUGACUUUUACAGAAACGUAGAGACAGUCAAAGAUCUCGAGCGAGUAUGGAAAGAACUACCCAAGUAUGACUCAACCAACACAAUCAUUCUUGAUGAUACGGCAAAAAAACUCAAAUAUCAACCAUACAAUCUGAUUCAAGUAUGUACAUUUGACCACAAAUUAUUCGAGAAAAAUCAAGUGUGUUUCGACAAUGAUCUGCGUAAAGUCAUAAAUUAUCUAAAGAUUCUGCAGCAGCAUUCAAAUGUGGGUAGCUAUAUGCGUGCUCACCCUUUUGAUCGUACAUUGGACUGGGAUGUUGAACCAGAUAUCUAUUUGGAUAGAGUUUAUACUCUCUUUGAUGAUUUAGGUAGAAAGAAACUGGUGAACGAACAACAAGAGCAUAAAAAGAUAAAAAAGCCAAAAUCAGAGGCUUAUUAUGAAAGAAUGAGACAUAAGCGACAAAAAGCCAAAAUAAACGAAAAGAAGCGACUUAAAUAAGGGCUACAAUAUCAU